CUAUGCCUUAUUGUAUCCCCCCCCCCUCCCAGUUGAAAAUCUCAGCACUUAACUUUUCCUUCUUCGUAGUUGAAAUCCAAAACCCUAAACUGAUCUCCGAAAAUCGAAACCUCAAGACACUGAUUUGCCUUCUGCCCUGCUCUCAAACCCCAUGACGAAGGACUUCGCGGUGCCGCCUGUAAUUUUUCCGUCCGGGGGCAACCCUACGGUCGGUAGUGCCUCAAAUAUGCAGCAACGCCGGGUUGCAACGGCUCCGUUUCAGCCUCCACGGCCUUCAAACUCCGGAAUCCCCUUCAUGUCAUUCGAGAUCGGUUCCGCUACAACCGCACCCUACGGAGCCGGUCCUAUAGGCGGUGGGUCUACCUUGUCCUCUGGCGGCGUUAACUUUGAAGACGAAGAGCCACUCCUCGACGAGCUCGGUAUACAUCCUGAUCAAAUCUGGAGAAAGACGAAAUCAAUUCUGAAUCCAUUCCGCGUUAACCCUACAUUCCACAAAGAUUCGGAUCUGUCUGGCCCGAUCUUCCUCUACCUCUCCCUUUGCUUAUUUCAAUUACUUGCCGGAAAAAUCCAGUUUGGUGUGAUUUUGGGCUGGAUUGUUGUGUCGUCGAUUUUUCUAUACGUGGUGUUCAAUAUGUUGGCUGGGAGAAAUGGCAAUUUGGAUCUGCAUACUUGUACGAGUGUUCUUGGUUAUUGUUUACUGCCGGUGGUGAUGUUAUCAGCGAUCUCUCUUUUCUUGCCGCAGGGUGGGCCUGUCAGAUUCUUGAUCGCAGGGGUUUUUGUCAUUUGGGCAACUAGGGCUUGCACGAAUCUAAUGGUGGCAGUGGCUGAUGGAGGAGAGGAACAUCGUGGAUUGAUUGCAUCCAUUGGUUGUAUAAAAUCCUAGGAUGCUUGACUGGCUCAGAGAAGUUGCUGGCUGUCCUCCAUGCUUGAAAGUUUAGCUGUUAUGGGGAUAGGAUGACCAUAGUUUGUACUUUUUUGGUAGCUGCUUCAAGGGAAUCAUAUCAAAGAAUGAGUGUAUCAUAUUAGGAAAGUUUUUUUGGGUCAUAUGCGUGAAGGUAAUCGAAUAAACAUCAUUUAUGAUG